AUGGGACAACCGACUCGGCAAGCUGCCGGGCUGGUUGCUGUCGCCGUCAAGGAAGUGCCUUGUCGAAACCUUGUGAAAACCAGCCCCAUGCUGAAAAGCUCAUGGUUCAUGGUGCAGCUCCUGCAGCUCGUUGCGUGCAAGCGGAGGGCUGUGGCUGCGGGUGAUCUGAAGUGGCUCCCUCUGCCUGCUCACCCGGCGUUGCCAGCAGCAGAAGCGUGGAGCGGAAGAGGGCAGCUCGGAGGUGCAUCUCUUAAGCGCCUCCACUGGAAGUGCGUGCAGCACCCUCCGCCUCAGCACGUCCCCCCAGCUUCACAGUACAUCCUUCCUGAUCAAGCUGGGGCAAGACUACUUGGAAGGCUUGAUGGUUAUCUGAGAAGACAGAGUGGGCUCACCCCAACUUGUUGGAGAGAGUGCCUCCUUCAUUGUCACCAUCCUUGUCCUUGUCCUCGUCCUCCUCCUCCUCCUCCUCGUCCUCCUUGUCCUUGUCGCCCUCCUCCCAGUGCUCCUAGGGCUGAGGAGAGAGACAGCUCCAUCUGUGGACACCAACAACUGAAACGUGACAACCCCAACGCUGUAGUUCUUAGUACCGAUGACUUCUUUAGCAGAAACGGCGUGUACGUCUUUGAGCACGACUUCCUGGAGGACGCGCACAAAUGGAACCAAACGAGAGCAGACAAAGCAAUGAAGAAUGGGAAAAGCCUGGUUAUUAUUGAUAAUACCAACAUCCAUGCUUGGGAAAUGAAGCCGUAUGUGAUGAUGGCCCGUGAAAAUAGCUAUGAAGUUCUAUUCCGAGAACCAGAUACACCCUGGAAGUUCAAUGUUCAAGAACUGGCAAGAAGAAAUAUUCAUGAUGUCCCUCAACAAAAGAUACAGCGGAUGAAAGAACAAUACGAGCAUGGCGUUACCUUCCACAGUGUUCUUCGGUCUGAAAAGCCGAGGGGAGCUGAGAGGAGCACCGGGGGUCCCCAGCGCGCCCCCCCAGCAGCCCUCUCAGGCAGGCGACCGCGCGUGCCACGUGCAAACACUGCGCCAGUUAACUAAGGGGUAGGGUCCACCACGUGUUUUAAUUGUCAGGGUAUAAAUAUCUUGAUUUUUACAUUUUUCUAAAUUAUGUCUUAUUCUUGUAUUUUUCUACUGUAUUUCUAAAUUAGACUUUUGUAUCUUACAAGUCUUAAAUGUCACUGGACAAUAAUUUCAUGGGUUUGCAUGACUGAGCUAAGCUCACUGUACCCAGUACAAACUGUACCCCCUGCUCAAUCCUCCUUCCUCUGCUAAAAUCCAGUCACGUUUAUGGUGAAAUGUGCUAGCUGUGCUCAUCACUCUUUUUUUCCCACCUAGCUAUCUGUCACUAACAGAUAAUACUAGAUAUUCCCAAAUUCUUUCAUUACAGGCUGCAUGGCCAAGCACCUCUCCGCGCAGCUGUCCUUUCUUGACAUUUUGCUACCUUUUCUCUGGCUGCGUGGCCCUUUGUCUCUUCCCACUCCAGCUUGUCCAGAGCGUUGCUACUAGCUUUAAGAGAGGCAAAGUAAAUCAUAAAAAGAAAAAAAAGUGAGCUCUAAAAGACCAUAACAAGGUUUAACACUGUUCCCUGUCUACAUCUCUGCUUGGGCUGGCAGAAGAGGCUGAGUUCAGCCAAGCCCAACACAAGGCCACAUAUGAAGGCUCUUUAAAGGAGCUGUUAGUGCUAGUCUAGCGCUCGCUAAUCUGGCAAGUAAGACAGAAAACAGCUCUAAAUAGUUGAAACACAAGUCUAUGAGAUACCUGAAAUAACCUAAAGUACAAAUUCUAUUGCAGAAAAUAAUUACGUAAGAAAGGAGGAAAAAAAAUGUAUAUGUAGGGGGAGAAAUCAGCUCCUUUCAUGACUAAAUGAAGAGAACCCACACAUCGAUGGAUGAAUGAGAUAGUGCAAGAUAACUACUUUAAUUUUCUUUUCUUUAAUUUCCUAAUGAGGAAGCCUCAGGAAGCAACUUUUAAAACACAGCAUUUGCAAUGGCAAAUUUUUAAAGUAGAUGUGAAAUAUAAGACAGCAGUUGUAGAAAGGGAUGGAUGGUAGUGCUUUAUUUUGCAGUAGGAAACGAAGAUGGCUAGCACUAGACACUGAGAAGAAUAGGCAUAGCUGUAACUCAUUAGCAGUUUAGUGGACAGAGAAGACAUGAGGCAUAAAGAAGUAUCAUGCUGUUACUGUACCAAAGCAAAGCUGCCUAUAGGACUCUGUAAAGUAGUGGAUAUAUGGGAUAAAUUUUUUACUGAAGCAGCAUUUAAAGUAGUAGUGUCUUAAAGGGUCUUCAUCAUAAAUAACUGUGAACCAGGGGGCCUAGGGACCCUAGCCCUGCAGCACUGCACCAGGGUUUACAGAAACAUCAGCAGUUGCGCGGUGAAGCCACUUUUCCCUCGUUACAGUUCUCUGAUCCCACUACAACGCUGAGCCAUCCCCAGGUCCCCCCCCCCGGCCCCAGCUGGCCUCCCAUGGGAGCAUCAGCCUUUGGCAGGGGCCUGGUGGGAGGCAGCGGGACAGGGCAGGCUGACAGCGAAAUCCCAGUGGAGGCUGCAGCUCCACUGCAGGGCAGCUUCUCUCGCUACCAGAGAAAUUCCAGUUCUGAGAAGUCUCACUUGUUGAGCUUAAUGAGAACAAAGUAAUGAAUAAAAACACUCAGUACUGCGCUUGAAUAUUUUCCUGGCAGACAGAACUCGUAAGUGAUGAAAUUAAAGUAAGAUCAUUCUUUCCAUAAUGUUGUGGCUCAAAGUGGUACCUUGAAUUACGAAUGAGUAGUUUAGAAACGCUGCCAAAGGAUCAACCUGUUAAUCAAUUUACAUGUCAUUUUGCUAUCAAUCAAACCUUCACAGUUAUAGCUGUUUUCUAAAACUUUUAGCAGUAUGAGACGUACGAGGGGAAAAAACCAUGGAGAGAACCAUAGUGAAAUUAAAGAGCAAUAUUCCAGAAUUAAAGUGUUACGUUCUGGUUAUAAUGGAAUUAGGGAAUUGCUUUCACCUAUUUUCCACUAUGCUAAUCCAAUAGAUGUUUGGCUGUCAGAAGUAAAUACAGAGCACAACCAUUCUCACAGAGGGUAACAAAACGGUUUUAGAUAGAAACAAAAGCUUGUGCUGUAAUUUAGGAAUACAUCAGAAUCAAAGCAAUGGCUUAUAAAGUGUCAUUAGAACUCCAGCCACGCUGACGUCUGUUGUAUCAUACAUAGCUGUCUGGGAAAUGUAUAAUUAUUCAACUCCAAUUUAUUAUAUUUUGCAGAUGUAAUACCACUUAGUCUUUGCUUUUGCAAUAUAUCUUUAUUAAAUACAAUCAGGAUUUAAUGUACAAAGUGUAAAAAUCAUUUAAAUGUGAAAUAUAUACAACACUGUACAUAGGCCUCUAGUAGCAUUUUUGGUUUUUUUGUCUCUGUAGCUUUCUGAGGUCUGUUAAUGAGCCCUCAGCGUCCUUUGUGUCCUGAAAAGCCUCAGCUCAUUCAGCACAGCUUUGAGGAGUUAUUUGCUUCCCCAGCAGAUUUAGAACUAUUUUUUCGUGAAAGAUCAUCAGAAAAAUCAGUAGCUAUUGUACUGCUAG